AUGCCUCAGAGGCACUCAAAGAACAACAACGACCUCGCUUUCUUCACCUACGAUGAGAAGAAAAAGCUAGGCUAUGGAACGCAGAAGGAGAGGCUGGGCAGGGACUCCAUCAAGCCUUUCGACGCUUGUUGCCUCUGCUUAAAGCACUUCAUUAACCCCAUGUGCUGCCAGAAAGGCCACGUAUUUUGUAAAGAAUGCAUUUUCGAGUGCUUGCUUUCUCAGAAGAAAGAUAUCCAGAGAAAGCAAGCUGCACAUACUGCUCAGCAGAAGCAAGAGAACCAAGAGGAAGAAGAGAAGUUACUGCAGCAGAAAGCUAGAGAGCUCGAGGCUUUUGAUCAGCAAAACCAUGGUGCACUACCGCAAUACAAUGAUAGAAACCAGAGCCGAGAUAAGACUGGUUUCCAUGGUGCCAAUAGUGUUAAGGUCACCUCUUAUGAAGAAGAGGCGCUUCGGACAAUGAAAGCAUUUUGGCUGCCUUCCGCUACACCUGCAGCUCCUGCUAAAGUAGAUGCUCCUUCUACAAGCACAGUCUGUCCAGAAGGAAGCGAGAAACUAAAGCUGAAGUCCCUUUUCCCUGUUUAUUACACAGAAGACAGUAGUGAGGAGAAGAAAUCUUCAUCUCUGGAUAAGACAUUUAUCUGUCCCAGCUGCAAGGUUACUUUGACCAACACGAUGUCGCUUGUGGCUCUUAGUUCAUGCGGGCACGUCUUUUGUAAGAAAUGUGCUGAUAAGUUCAUGGCUGUAGAUAAGGUUUGCCUUGUUUGCGACAAGGGAUGUAAAGAAAGGCAUUUGGUGAACUUGGCAAAAGGUGGAACAGGCUUUGCUGGCCAUGGAGAUAAUCUUGAAGCAAAAGACUUCAAGCAUUUGGGGAGUGGCUCGGGAUUAGGGUUGGUUAGACCCGCAGUGAAGACUUGA